AUGGCCAGUAGCACCCAGCCUCCCUACAUGACCCCAGUCAUCCCCUUCUCUGGGUUCAUCCAAGGGGAUCUCAAGGAAGGACUUGAGAUCACUGUCAAUGGGGCCGUUUUAGCCUUCCGUGGAAUCAGGUUUGCUGUGAACUUUCAGAUUCGCCGUAGUGACAAUGACAUCCUUCACUUCAACCCACGGUUUGAAGAGGUGGUGUGUGUGGUCUGCAACACGAAGCGGAAAGGACGCUGGGGGCCAGAGGAGAGGAAGACGCCACUGUCCUUACAGAGGGGGAGUCCCUUUGAGCUCAGCGUCCUGGUGCAGAGCUCCCAUUUCCAGUUUGAGGCAUAUUUAAAUAACACCCCAGCCUUGUGGGCUGGGACUGUGGCUUGUUCAGUUGUGUGUCCCCAGCACUCUGCACAGUACCGGGCACACAGGAGGGACCAGAAGCAAACAAUCAUCCACAAGGUGCUGAGCACUCCUCCACAGAUGGACGCGAAUCCCGCAGUCCCACCUCCAGCAUAUCCCAACCCAGCCUAUCCACUGCCUUUCUUCACCAACAUCCCGGGUGGGCUGUACCCCUCCAAGAACAUCACCGUGUCGGGCACCGUCCUGCCCAGUGCUCAGAGGUUCUACAUCAACCUGCACUCUGGGAAUGACAUCGCCUUCCACCUGAACAUUCGUUUCGAUGAGAACGCCGUGGUCCGCAACACACAGAUCAAUGGCUGUUGGGGGCCUGAGGAGCGAAGCCUGUCAGGAAAAAUGCCCUUCACCCGGGGCCAGAGCUUCUCGAUGUGGAUCACGUGCGAAAGCCACUGCCUCAGGGUGACCGUGGAUGGUGGGCACCUGUGUCAUUACUACCACCGCCUGAGGGACCUGCCCGCCAUCAACAACCUGGAGGUGGGGGGCGACAUCCAGCUGAGCCACGUGCAGACAUAGGCGGGAUCCCUGCCCAGGGGACGAGGGCUGGGGCAUGUUGCUGUCCGGAUCUGCUUAUCACCUCCACCUUCCCUGUCCCUGCCCCAGCCCUUCCCAGCCUGCCGAGGAUCUCUGCUGGGGAGACCACGUCCUUGUCUGGCCCUGCUGAGGCUGCAGCCAGCCUGGAGUGGCGAGGGCUGCUGGCUGGGACUGCCUUCCUCGGUCGGGGCAGGACCUGGGGCUCCAGCUGCCCAAGUCCUACCAUCCGAGGAGAGGGGUGGUCCGUGCAGGCCACAGCCCUGUGGUCAGUCCCCUCGGCAGAAAGGGAGGUCCUGGGCCUUCCGAAGCACCCAGCCCAAGCCUACACCCCAUCUGCCCCUCAACGACAUUCCCGCCCCACUCAGCUCCACCUCAGUCCCAGGCCACCAGCUGUGUCCUCCACGGGGGAGGCGGUGUCCUCGGUCCCUCCCCAUUCUCCUACCUUCUGCCUCUCCCGCACCUGCAACCUCGCUCCAGAAAAGCUGCCCUGAGGACACCCUGCUGGUUUCCACCAACUGAUGGGAACUGUCUCAGCAGGGGGCUCUCCCUUUCCCGGUGUCAUUCAGAGAAAGAAAGAAAAAUGCUUGUC